AUGUCAUCCGGUACAGGUCGCGGCGAAGCCAGUGAGAAUGAGACGCUCAGUCUUGACUAUAUCCCACCGUCGCCCAUUCACACGCCUGUGCUCACGCGCGAAAAUACAAUAAACGGUGCACCAACAGGUGUGUAUGUGCACGAUCGCGAGGAACGGAAAGAUCGGUACUUAUCGCUCCUUCUCAAUACCCUACGUACGACGCAUCGUUGGUCUGCGUAUACGUUCACUGGCUUCGGCUUGAUACAUUUCUUGAAUACAGGCGUUGCGCCGUUGUUGUCGGAACCCGGGUGGGCCAUACGGACAUUGGUUGCUGGUAGUCCACUCACCAAGCUCUUUCCAUCGCUUGCAGAGUCGCUACAUACGGGACCUCUUUUCAAUUCGCUCAAAUUUGCAGAUGACAACCUACUUGCUGCGCGCGCUCUCUAUCAUGCGCCAUACGUUGAGGCAACGCUGGUCUUUGCGCCCAUUGCCAUCCAUGUCGGUACAGGCAUCCUACUACGCCUAUUACGGAUAGCGAGGGAACGCUACUGGUUCUCUGAUAAACCACGAAAAGUGACAUUAUCAUGGCAAGCGCGCGCAGGAUACCUCCUGGCACCGCUCCUUGCCGCACACGUCUUUGUCAAUCGUAUUGUACCAAAGGCGUUGGAUUUGGAUAUCACUGCAUCGUUGGUCGGUCAUAUUCUUGCACAGCCAGAAGGUCCUGAACCACUGCUCCAAACACGGAUAGGUGUUGCUGCUGCGCGUGUUGCGUAUGCUGGGUUUGUCGCGUUGGGCGCAUGGCACAUGACGGCUGGAUUGGCGCAGUUCUUGCAAUUGCGACGACACUGGGCGGGUUUGCGGAUUCAAAUACGACCGGCGCGCGUAUUGAGCUGGACGGUGAUGGCGCUCUGGACACUAGGUCUUGCACGUAUCGUCAUGCAUGAGUCGUUGCUGAAUGUGUCAGGAGUCUAG